AUGACCCGUGAAGUCUACCGACGCAUGCUGCUUGAAGAUGUGAUCCCCGCAAUCAAAGCCAAGUGGGAGUGGGUGAGGGACGAGGGACUGGGCGUUCCUCUUGUAAGCCCAAUUUGGGUGCAGCAAGAUAACGCCAAGCCACAUGUGCUGCCUGAUGACCCCGAGGUGCUGGUGGCCGGGCGUGCUGGUGGCUGGAGCAUUCUCUUUAGAAACCGGCCUGCGCAGAGUCCAGAUCUAAACGUCCUUGAUUGCGGUUUUUUCAACGCGAUCCAGUCGCUGCAGUCGGUGACGGUCCCAAGAACAGCCGAAGACCUCAUAUCGGAAGUGGAGAGGGCGUUUGCGUCUACUACUACCACUACGCUGAACAAAACGUUCCUCUCCGUCCAGCUUAUCAUGCAGAGCAUCAUGAGGCACAACGGCGGGAAUGCAUUUGGCUUGAGCCACAUCCAGAAGGACAAACUACUGCGUGCUGGUGAACUUCCUGAUUCCCUUUCUUGCGAUCCAGCUCUUUAUCGGGCGACUCUCGCCAAAGUUGUGCCCCAAAGGGCCACGACGUGCGCCCCUCCACCAUCCUCGGACUUUGACGCUUUCUUUUGA